AUGACCCAAGUAUACACUCGACCAGUAGUUGCCUCUUUACAUGAACGAACACAUAGCUACGAGAGGCAGCAAGCGCCGUUUUUUUCAAUAGAAAGCCAGGAUCCCAACACAUCUACAUCCCAUCGAGACCUGGAGGCAACAGAACGAGGUGGAAGAGACCCCCCGCAUCCUCGUUCACCAAUGUCCGACACCAGCAAAGGACUUCGGGGAGUUGGAGAGUUGUACCAGAACCACCCAGAUAUCAACCAACAUCAUUCUCGGGAACGGCUACCCUCAUUAAGUAGUCUCUUCGGUUCUAGUUCACACCAGAGCAGACCUGCUCAGUCGCCCUACUCAGAUCGUCACAGUCCCAUCUUUCCAACCGCAUCACCUCACGAUAUUCGACCUCCUGGAACCCCCGUCCAUCCGGAUAGACCCUUUGAUGGAUCCUACUUUCAGCGCCCAUCUCAACAAUAUCCACUUACUUCUAAAGUGGAGCAAGCCGAAAGGUUGGGAAUUGCUCUAUCUUCUCGCGCUGCACAAACACCGCUAAGGGCGGAAUCUCCUCGAUACGAAGCACGAUUUGGUCCGGCUGAGGCAUCCAGAGCCCAAGCACCUUCUCUCAAUGCUUGGUCUCCUCGUCCCCAGUCUGGUCGAACUGAAUAUUUCCCUAGGGACACGUCUUCAUCGUUCCGUACCCAUUCAGACCAUGCCCAUCCGUCACAUCGGCCUGAGCCAGAACUCAGGGCGAGCUAUCGUGACGGAUCGCACAGCAUGCCAGUUACCCCAAGUUUCCCUCCGACGCCUGCAAGCACGGUAGUUGGUGAGCUGACGACGGCAAAGGACGGCCUUGGACCCAAGAUCUGGACAGGGACGCAGUUUCUGCCUCGUUUUGUCCGACAGGCUGAGGCUCCAGGUGAAGGAAUGUGCUAUUUCUACGACGAUGGCACGCAUUGUAAGACGGUGAUUGAUGGCGAAGCGGUAAAUGCUCACUGGGGCGUGACGAAAGCUGGGAAACCUAGAAAGAGGCUAGCAAUUGCUUGUAUAACUUGCAGAGAGAAGAAGAUCAAGUGUGACCCUGACUACCCUCGCUGCGUCCAGUGCGAGAAGUUUGGGACAAUGUGCAAGUUCAAGAAUGCGCCUCGAGGUGGCCAAGGAUCGCCAGACACACCACCAGCUGACCCAGAGGAUGUUGUAUCGAGAGCAGGUUUGUCUCAAGCUGAUGCCGAGUCAUCUAAAGCUGGUGAACGUGACGACAGUAGAUCUGUUUCUCCUCGACCUGUAUCGCGAGUCACCCCCGAGCCGGAGACACACCACGCAAAGCGCCAAAGGACAGGCUAUAGCAAUUUCACUCCCGUUCCUUCGGAAGGCUCCCCGCAGCAAUCUGUUCGGGAAGUCGAGUCUCCAGCUGUUCCAUGGCCACAGCCUUCAAAUCUAGGUGGCUUCGACCAUGACCUACUUCGCGAAUGGCAGGUCAAUCCUAACACUAUCCGUCCCGCAGUUGUUAGCGAACUAGUUGAUGUGUUUUUUAAGCACGCUCCAGAAACCUCAUCGUCGAUGUUUCCCCGAGGCGCCUUUAGGCUAUGGAUUCUUUCUGGAAGGGAGAAGUCUCUGGAUGACCUCAUGCUUAUUUACACCGUCCUUGCCCUCGGAAGCAUCUUCUCGCAGAACCAAGAACAUAAAGCUCUCGGCACUCAGUACGCGUCCAUCUCUCGAUAUGCUUGCGAAAACCGUCGAUUUAGCAUUCAGCUUGUGCAAUCCCGACUGUUGCUCUCCCUAUAUUAUUUUGCCAUGAACAAUUCAAACGACGCUUGGGAUUUCUGCGGAGCAGCAGUCAGGGCGGCGAGCGGGUUAAGGCUAAACGUGGAAAUCGAGAAGAGCGAAGAUGCCUAUCUUGAAUUUUUCCCUUACGGCCUAAACCGCGCUGGUUAUGCUGAAUGUAGAAGACGCACGUUUUGGAGCUGCUACCUCAUGGACCGUUUCAAUGGGUCCUGCUCUGGGCACCUGAGCAUGCUCCACCCCGAGGACGUCUUCCUCCGACUCCCUUGCGAUUCGACUAGCUUUGAAUCGCAAGCAAAUAUCCAAACCCCUUUCUUCGAUAUCACAACUCCACCCAUCCCGAAUAAUAACUGGACUGUUGACUCUAUGGCCUAUUUGAUCAACGUCUCAACAAUCUGGGGAGAUGUUACGGCGAGCAUUUAUCGAAACUCCCAGCGAUGUAACCCUUCGGCGUCGAACUCCUUCAGCACGUUUUAUGAAGCCACAACUCGACGUCUCCAUGAAUGGAACGAUUCAUUACCUCGCUCCUAUGCCUUUUCUGGAGAGAAUCUAUGGAGAGCUGCUGAGGAUGGGAAGAUGAACACCUUUGUAAUGAUGCACACGGUAUAUCAUUCCACGAUGAUCAAGCUGAAUCGUUACAUCCAACGAUCGUCUCUCCAUAGUUCUCAGCUUGAUCAUCACAUUACGGUUGCGCAGCAACAUGCGGAAGCACUACUAAGGAUUACGGAUUCGAUCGCCGCUCGCCAGGCAUCAGCAUCGUCUGGUGUAAGUGACCAGACCAUGCCGCGCGCAAAGCUCUCAACCCCUUUUGUAGGAUCCUCAAUAGUUUCCGCGAUCGAUGUCGUCACCGCAAAAUUCCCACUCGCAUCAGUUCCUAGCCGCCUCGCAUCAUUCAUAGGUGCACAAUCAGUUCUUGCAGAGCUCGCAAUCUUUUGGCAAAGCGCAAAGAAUCAACAAGCUCUUGUUCGUGAACGAGUCGGGGAUCUGGCGGAACUCACGGCAGAGCGGAGUGGGCCAGGAGCAAGAGAGUUCGGAUUUGGCAGCGUGGGAGCGACGAAUAAGGAAGGGCAGGUAAUAUUUGAGAUGAGGGAUGCGAUUGAGAAGACCUUCUCGAGAGAUUACGAUUGUGUUUACGGUUGA